GCGACAGUCGCCGACUAUAUAUAUGGCUUUGAGAGGAGUCUCCGCGCGGCUACUGAGCCACAGGCCCGGCCUGCACUUCCCAUGUGUCCCGCGUACGUGGAGCUCGGCGGCAGCACACACCGAGAAGACACAGAGUCGAUCGGCCAAAUCCUCUCGUCCUGGGUUUGACUGGAGGGACCCACUGGUGCUGGAGGAGCAGCUGACCGCCGAUGAGAAACUCAUCAGGGACACCUUCCGCAACUACUGCCAGGAGAGGCUUAUGCCGCGAAUUCUGCUGGCCAAUCGAAAUGAAGUUUUCCACCGGGACAUCGUGCAUGAGAUGGGGGAGCUGGGCGUGCUGGGACCCACCAUCAAAGGGUAUGGCUGUGCUGGAGUGUCAUCAGUGGCCUAUGGUCUCCUGACCCGAGAGCUGGAGAGGGUGGACAGUGGCUACAGGUCAAUGAUGAGUGUUCAGUCCUCCCUCGUCAUGCACCCCAUCUACACCUAUGGGAGCGAGGAGCAGCGACAGAAGUAUCUGCCCCGGCUGGCCAAGGGUGAACUUCUGGGCUGCUUUGGGCUUACAGAGCCCAACCAUGGGAGUGACCCAGGUAGCAUGGAGACCAGAGCUCGCCACAAUCCAUCAAACCAGAGCUACACUCUCAAUGGGACCAAGACCUGGAUCACCAACUCGCCCGUGGCUGACCUGUUCGUAGUGUGGGCUCGGUGUGAGGAUAACUGUAUACGGGGCUUUCUGCUGGAGAAGGGAAUGCGGGGCCUCUCAGCCCCUAAUGAGGGAAAGUUCUCCUUGCGUGCCUCAUCUACUGGUAUGAUCAUCAUGGACAAUGUGGAGGUGCCCGAGGAGAACGUGCUCCCUAAUGUGUCCAGCCUGGCGGGUCCUUUUGGCUGCCUUAACACUGCCCGAUAUGGCAUCACGUGGGGUGUGUUGGGAGCUGCUGAGUUCUGUUUGCACACAGCCCGGCAAUACGCCCUGGACAGGAUUCAGUUUGGUGUCCCCUUGGCCAGGAACCAGCUAGUUCAGAAGAAGCUGGCGGACAUGCUCACCGAGAUCACACUGGGCCUCCAUGCAUGUUUGCAGCUUGGCCGUUUAAAGGAUCAGGACAAGGCUACCCCAGAAAUGGUCUCCCUGCUGAAGAGAAACAACUGUGGGAAAGCCCUGGACAUUGCCCGCCAGGCCCGAGACAUCCUAGGAGGAAAUGGGAUUUCUGAUGAAUACCAUGUGAUCCGGCAUGCUAUGAAUCUGGAGGCAGUGAACACUUACGAGGGUACACAUGACAUUCACGCUCUGAUCCUCGGGAGAGCAAUUACUGGGAUCCAGGCAUUCACAGUUGGCAAGUGAACAACCCACUUCAGCAGAGGGCCCUUCAACAGAGAAAUUGCUUGGCUAGAUCCUGGCAGCACCAUUCAUUGCUCGAGUCUGCUCAAGAAGUGGUGGACGGACCCAGCUUUUAUGGUGGAAAGUGAGACACUGAUGUGAGACUAUGGAUAUUUCUUUCUGGAAGAUGUUCAGAUAUGCUCUAUAGAAAGAAGAUGCAAUUCUCUGUAGGCCCUCGGCCCUUUUAAAAUGGAUCAGACUCCCAUCUACCUUGUUUUAAGCUUCUUCCAACUGAGGAGGAGCGAGAUACAACGGGGAAAGACACAGAAGCCAGGGAGUGAAGUGGAGCAGACCUUGUGAGAAGGUGCUCUGGAGUUUAUAGUGUGCCUUCCUGCCCGCCUCCAUCCCGGGGCCGUACCUUCUGUGUGCAACACUGAGCAGAUAAAAGAGGAAAACAAAGA